CGCGGCCAUGGUUGGGAACGGACGUGCGCGAUCCCGGUGCGGCGGCGAUGCGCGUCAGCCUGGCGACGGCGACGACGACGACGUCGAGCGGUGAGGAGAUCCUUGGGUGUUUUUUUCCGCUCGCGGCUGCUCCUCACUCGACAAGUGCCGACUGCCACCGCCGGAUCUUUUUCUGAGGUUGGCCGUCGCCCCCCUCGCGUUGCGUUCCCGAUGUGCGGCUUCAGUGCAGUGCGAAUUAUUGGAACGCAGCAGUUGGUGAGAGCGACACACAAGACGAAGGAAAACGGCGGCAGCAGCGGCCGAUCAAGUGGACAUUAUUCGCCUUGUUCCGUCCUACUCACCUACGGCCCAGCAUUGUCGACGGUGCCGUCGCAACCAAUCAGACAAGUGAGAAAUCGACCGAGACCACAUCAUCAGCUGGACGUGAUCGUUGCAAUCCGUCGUAACAGUUUCGCCCUGUAGCUGCCGCCGAUCCUCCCCCCCCCCCCCAUUCAGCCCCCCCUUUUUUUGAUUCCGGUGACGGCCAAGCUUCAACAAGAGCAGCCGUAGUCACGGGCUAUAGGGCUGGGGGUUCCGGAAAUUUUUUUUUUAUUAUAUUUUUUUUUUUUUAUUUGAAGUGAAAAAUCCUAUCGAAAAAAAAAAAUUUGUGUUUGGGUUCAACUUUCCUGGAAUUUUUUUUUUUUUUUUUAGUUUUUUUUAGUUUUUUUUUUAAUUGAAUUUGAAUUUGGAAAAAGUCAAGUCAAAUUUUUCAAAGUGGAGUUCACGCAAGAUCAGCACGACCAACCGGACCACCACCACUUCGUCAGCCAUCACCACACGAACCCACACCACAAGAUGUCGGACGACGGCAAAGGUUACGUCCUCUCGCCGGAGGAGGAGGAAUGCCUCAAGGACCGCAAGUGGUGGUGCUUCCUCCUGUCCAGCAUCUUCACCUUCCUGGCCGGCCUCACGAUCGUCCUCAUCUGGCGCGGCCUGUCCAUGAUCUGCUGCCGUAAAGACGCUUCGCCCGAGUACAGCCAGAGUGACCUCAAGCAGCAGAACCUGCCCAAACCGCCGCGCCAAGCCAAGGAGGAGUUCGAAGGCACUUUCGUCACCGACGCCAAGGACUGGGCCGGCGAGCUCAUCUCCGGACAGACCACCACUGGACGCAUCCUGGUGGUACUCGUGUUUGUACUGAGCAUCGCGUCCCUCAUCAUUUACUUCAUCGAUGCAUCCAGCGAGGGUGUCGAACAAUGCAAGGAGUGGUCGAGCAACAUGACGCAGCAGAUCGACCUCGCCUUUAAUAUAUUUUUUAUGGUCUACUUUUUUAUCAGAUUCAUCGCCGCCAGCGAUAAAUUGUGGUUCAUGUUGGAGAUGUACUCUUUCGUCGACUACUUCACGAUACCUCCCUCGUUCGUGUCCAUCUACUUGGACCGGACAUGGAUCGGUCUUCGAUUUCUUCGUGCUUUGAGGCUGAUGACAGUGCCGGAUAUCCUGCAGUACCUUAACAUUCUCAAGACAUCCAGUUCCAUCCGCCUGGCCCAGCUGGUCUCCAUCUUCAUUUCGGUUUGGUUGACGGCCGCCGGAAUCAUCCAUUUGCUGGAGAAUUCCGGGGAUCCGCUCGACUUUAACAAUCCGCACCGGUUGUCCUACUGGACCUGCGUCUACUUUUUGAUCGUGACCAUGUCGACGGUCGGUUACGGCGAUGUCUACUGUGAAACGAUCCUAGGUCGGACGUUUUUAGUUUUCUUUCUACUCGUCGGCUUGGCCAUCUUUGCCAGUUGUAUCCCUGAAAUUAUUGACCUGAUCGGCACUAGACCCAAAUACGGAGGCACGCUGAAGAAUGAACGUGGACGCAGGCACAUCGUCGUCUGCGGGCACAUCACCUACGAGUCAGUGUCGCACUUCCUCAAGGAUUUCCUCCACGAGGAUCGAGAAGACGUCGACGUCGAAGUCGUUUUCCUUCACAGGAAAGAACCCGAUUUGGAGCUGGAAGGCCUGCUGAAGAGGCACUCCACCACCGUCAAGUUUUUUCAGGGCUCCAUGAUGAAUGCCGUUGAUUUGCAAAGGGUCAAGGUCCACGAAGCCGACGCCUGCUUGGUCUUGGCCAACAAAUAUUGCCAGGAUCCGGACGCCGAGGACGCUGCCAACAUCAUGCGAGUCAUUUCCAUCAAGAAUUACUCGGACGACAUUCGAGUCAUCAUCCAACUGAUGCAAUAUCACAACAAGGCUUACUUGCUGAACAUUCCCAGUUGGGACUGGAAACGCGGCGACGACGUCAUUUGCCUGGCCGAACUCAAGUUGGGAUUCAUAGCCCAAAGUUGCUUGGCUCCGGGAUUCUCCACCAUGAUGGCCAACUUAUUCGCCAUGAGAUCGUUCAAAACCUCACCGGAUACGCAAAGGUGGCAAAACGACUACCUUCAGGGUACCGGAUGCGAAAUGUAUACGGAAUCCUUGUCUCCCUCCUUUGCUGGCAUGAUAUUUCCUGAAGCUUCCGAAUUGUGCUUCACCAAGCUCAAGCUGCUGUUGCUGGCCAUCGAACUCAAGUCCGAGGACGGACUCGAUUCCAAGAUAUCCAUCAAUCCCCGCGGAGCCAAGAUCUCCUCAAACACCCAAGGAUUCUUUAUCGCCCAGUCGGCCGACGAAGUUAAACGAGCCUGGUUCUACUGUAAAGCCUGCCACGAAGACAUCAAAGACGAAACACUCAUCAAGAAGUGCAAGUGCAAGAACUAUGUGGGCUUUAUGAUGGUUCAGUCGGGACUAUUCGGAUUAACGUCCCAGAAUCAAGAAUCAAACGUGGCCGUCUUCCGGAAAGGUGUUCGUGCUGUACAAGUCAUCGGUCGCGCAAGUGCGGAUUACUCCAUCUGCGACAAUGACCAUGUGACUCCUCAGUUUACGCCUCCAGAGUUGCCAAAGCGGGUGCAUGUCAGAGGUGAAUUGUUGCGGGAUGACGAUCCACGAUCUCCGCUGCACAAUCAACACAACGCAGCCACUACGCCGCUGUUAUCGGCCGUCAACAAGACCCACAGCAGCACCAACAGGGCCAUGAACAAGCUGACGGGCAACUCGUCGUCCGCCCGCGCCGCCAUCGACGGCGGCCAUUCCCCGUCGCCCGAUUUCAACAUAAGGUCCAAGGAGGACAGUUCCUAUGCUGGUUAUCACCUAUCAUAUGAAGUGAAAAAACUCAUGCCGACCAGUCGAGGAUCCGCCGGCAACGGGUCACACAACACGGGCAUCGCCGACGACCAAGCCCGCGAUUUCGAUUUUGAAAAGACGGAAAUGAAAUACGAUUCGACGGGAAUGUUUCACUGGUCGCCAGCUCGCUCCCUGGAAGAUUGCAUACUGGAUCGCAAUCAAGCGGCCAUGACGGUGCUGAACGGUCACGUCGUCGUCUGCCUCUUUGCCGACCCGGACUCGCCGUUGAUCGGAUUGCGCAAUCUGGUCAUGCCUCUGCGGGCCUCCAACUUCCAUUACCACGAGCUGAAGCAUGUGGUCAUCGUCGGCUCCGUCGACUACAUCCGACGCGAAUGGAAAAUGCUUCAAAACCUGCCCAAAAUUUCAGUGCUCAAUGGAUCACCGCUGAGUCGAGCCGACUUGCGGGCCGUCAACGUCAACUUGUGCGACAUGUGCGUCAUCCUGUCGGCCAAAGUGCCCAGCAACGAUGAUCCCACCCUGGCCGACAAGGAGGCCAUCUUGGCAUCGCUCAACAUCAAAGCCAUGACAUUCGACGACACCAUCGGCGUUCUAUCGCACAGUAAUAGCGGCCGGGAAGCGCUGACGCCCAUUGGCAGUCCCAUCGUUCUCCAGCGGAGAGGAUCUGUCUACGGCGCGAACGUUCCCAUGAUCACGGAAUUGGUGAAUGAUAGCAACGUGCAGUUUUUGGACCAAGAUGACGACGACGAUCCGGAUACGGAGCUCUACCUCACUCAGCCAUUCGCUUGCGGAACUGCGUUCGCUGUCAGCGUGCUCGACUCUCUCAUGUCGACGACCUACUUCAAUCAAAAUGCUCUCACGCUCAUUCGGUCGCUCAUCACCGGCGGGGCCACUCCCGAACUUGAGCUCAUUCUAGCCGAAGGAGCCGGCCUGCGAGGUGGAUACAGCACGCCGGAAACACUUGGUGAACGGGACCGCUGUCGGGUGGGCCAGAUCUCACUCUACGACGGACCUUUGGCCCAAUACGGCGAGGGUGGCAAGUACGGCGACCUUUUCGUUGCCGCACUUCGAAACUACGGCAUGUUGUGUAUAGGAUUGUACAGGUUUAGAGAUACGAGUUCAUCGGUCGAUGCUUCAUCCAAGCGCUACGUCGUUACCAAUCCUCCUGAUGAUUUCACUUUACUACCCACAGAUCAGGUCUUCGUCCUGAUGCAGUUCGAUCCCGGCCUCGAAUAUCAGCCCAACCGAGGAGAACAACAUGGCCGCGAGGGAAACUCCUGACUCUUGCUCUGUAGCGCCCUCACCGAUGGUCCUUAUUCUUACAUUUGAAAAUAGUCAAAAAUUCAAUAAUAAUAAUUAAUUGCAAAUUAUCAGAAAAGAAACAGUUUAAAAAAUAAUAAGCAACACAUUUUUCAAAAAAACUAAACAACACACAACGGAGCAAAACAAAAAAAAAAGAUUCUCGCGGACAGCGUGCUGCGCUUCGAUUGGCCUCUUUUCAAAAAUUUUCUCUUUGAAUAUCAUCCAACUUCCUUGACUCCCCUUAUCGCUUCUCGAUGAUGGAAAAGCCUCCCCCGCCCAACAACCAGUGACUCCCGGUGAAUUUCUGAGCUUAGCCCACCACCAUCUUGUUGUUGUCACGACACGACACACUCCUCUUUUGAUAUGCAAAGAAGAAAAAAGAAGAAAAGGACCCGUUUCCUAAAGACUCAAUCAAAGCCCCAAAGCGAAAUGAGAGAGAGAGAGAGAAAUGAAACGGGGGUUGGGUUCGUUAUUAGGGAUUGAAAUUGACUCUAUGGCGACCUCCAUAUAUCCAACGAUUGUUGAACUGUGAUACCUUGUAAGAAAAAACAAAACAAAAUUUAACCAAAAAUGAAAAAAAUAACUGGCCAAGCGCAGACUACGUACCCAGAUGUUACCGCAAACAAAAAAGAACCACACCCAUUCCUGGUCAAAUAAGUUGCUCCUAAAAAUCCCUCCCUCUAAAGUAAAAAAAAAAAAUCCUGUUUGCAAGAUUGCCACUAUUUGGUUUCUUUUUUAAAAAUUUAAACUUAACACAGUCAAACUGCAACCAUUUUUGUUCUACACCAAAGAAGAAACAAUUUGUUUUUUAGAUUUAAAUUUCAUUUCGAAAUUCAUGGCAUUGUCCCCAUGUUUAUUCAAACCAUCGCGAGGUGCUCUACAGGCGAAAGAAUUCGAAUUCUUUGAUUCGUUGGCAUUUGUUAUACCGAGCUAAAACAAAAAAAGAGGCUAUACGAUUUAACGACAUGAAAACAAAAACAAAUAACCUAAUAGCCGUCUGAAGGAGUCAUUCAAUUGUUACGACUGUUUGACAGCUUCUUGCUGGUUCUACUAAUAUGCAAAUACUUUGGUUUGUCUGUUUGUGUGUGAAUGAAGGGUCGACUGUUGAAGAGCCAGCUCUUGAUAAUUAUUGAUGAGGGGGACAGCAAAACAAAAACAAAAAUUGUUCUUUUUUUCCCCCCGUGUGUUGUUUGUUGUUGCUCUGAUUGAACUGAUUGACUGGGCGGACACUUUGAUCCGCCGCAAAUUGAUUUCUCUUUUCUCCCCUCCGUGUAUAAUAAUAAUAAUAAUAUAAUAGGCGGGCAGGUUGAUUUUUCUGGGCCCCUCCUGACAAAAUUAGGGUUCUUUAUCCGACAAAAAAGGAAAAACCUUGUACUUGGUUGUAUUUUCUCUCUUUUCUAUCUUUAAUUAUCGACCUUGUUCACACACGAAAAGCAUUUCAUGUUCAGAGAGAUGAGGCACCGCUCGAUUAAAAGUAGUCUACUCGUGCGCCGACAUUAAACAUAAAUAGCUGCCCCCCUCGUGAAAAAGAAAAACACUAACCAAAUUACGAAACACUGCUGUAGCCUCUGUAUACUCUUUUGCUAUUUCAUUUUUCUCCGUUUGAUUUUCGUGAGAGCCGAAGCAAAAAAAAAAAGGUUCCGAAAAUUUCACACAUUUUGAUUUUCCUUUUUCGAAUUUUGAUUUCGAGCUAUUUAAAAUAGGGCGUUCCUUGUCUUGGCCAUUUUCACUUAAAAAACCAAAGAAAUCUAUCUCUUUCUUAUUACUCUAUUUAUUUUUCUUUCUCACUAUUAUCUGUCUCUAUACCUGUCUGUUCUCUCUAUCUCUCUUCCCUCUCUCAUCAUUAUUUCAAUAGGAUUACUAAUAUCACAUUCUCUAUAGGCCCCCCGUGAAAAAUCUGUUUGAAGUCUUUUGAAACCCUAAUUGGCUGUGGGAAGGAAAACAAACCUUAACAAACCCUCAAAAAAGACAAAUGAAAAUGAUACUAUAUUAUGUAUGGUGAAUCACAGGCAGAUAAUAAGUCGUCACUGUCAAUAAUCUUCCAAAAUUUCCUUUUUUUUUUCUUAUAGCAAAGAAAAAACAAAAUUUCGGUUGGGUUUUUUCUGUGUGCCGGGAUCUUUUUUGUAAAAAUCACCUGGCCUGUUUUUUUUUCUAUUUCUAUUCUAUCCCUCCCUUGCGCCUCUAUAUCCUUCUUAUAUCUUUCUCUGUCAUAACUUUUUAUCUCUUUGAAGAAAACUGCUGCCGUAUAGAGAUCACACCAUUCUGGGUUGGGCGAAAUCCGAAUCGGAACGACUAAAGGGCGCCGAUGUAUAUAUAUAUCUUUGGGGAGGGAAUGUUCGGGGGGGAAUAAACUCCCAUACAUACUUAUUGUGUAUAAAGGAGAUAUAUAUGUAUGGCUACUGGCGAAAUGUAGGACGACUUGUUUUCGUUAUUGAGAUGGUUCAUCGUUAUGUCAUCCAAUGCAAAAAACCAAACAAAAAAAGUUGCAUCUCUCACUCUCUCCCUUCUCCAUUGUUUUUUCAUUUGACUGUCUUUUGAUUUGAUUUUUCUUCACACGUCACCAGGUCAGUGUUUCUUUUUAAAAAAGCCCCAAAAAAUCUUACAAAAAAAAAAAACUAAAAAAAAAUUCUAUCUUUUUUUAAUUUUAGUCUCGAAUUUCUCUUUCAAUUUCUAUCUCUGUCUCUUUUUUCAUUUUUUCUCCGUCUUUUUGAAUUGAUUCGUUGUUUCAUUCUCUAUAACUCCACCUCCCUUUUCUCCGUUCUUCAUUCGACAUUUUACAUACAACCGAGAACGGUUUUUUUUCAAAGCACUGAAGCUACACCCACCUCCUUGCCUUAUUGUUUACCGUAUUUAACCGGAGAGGAAGAAAAAAAAAUCAAUACACAUGUUCAUUGCCAAAAA